AUGGCGGUGAUGAUCAUGGACACGGAGGGCAGAGAGAUGGGGAAUGGCGUCAGAAAAGGAGCAGGCCACCAGGAGGUGCCGCUGCUGGGAGCUUACUACUACAACUGGUACAACCUGGAUGACCAAUGGAGCCAUCACCCGCGGACGCAUGAGCCUGAGCUUGGAGCAUACGAUCUUUCAGACAGAUCCACGAUGCAGAAGCAUCACGAGUGGGCAAGGCAGUCAAACAUCGACUUCUUCAUCAUGCCCUGGUCGGGGGUGGGGGAGGGCGAGCAAGCGCCGGAGCGCGAUGUCGAGAUCGAUCGCCGAGUGGAGGAACACCUCACCAUGAAGCAAGGAGUCAAGGUUGGACCCUUGCUCAGCCUCCCCUUCGCUCAUGACCGUUGGGUUCGUGGACAGGUUGCCUUGAUGUACACGGCGUUUGACAUCCUAGGAGACGCCAGCGAGAAUGACUUGGACUUGAGUGUGGUCCGAUGCGAGUCCACGCCGUUCCUUGCUGUGCUGACAUUACCGCAGCGCAAGAACUGCGACAGGCUGAAAGAUCACUGGGAGUACGCUGCCAAGCACUACUUCUCCAAAGAUAAUUACCUCCGCAUCCAUGGGAGCCCUGUGCUCUACGUGUACGGCUUCCGAUGGUAUCGCAACUUCCAGGCUUGCAUGCAGGAGGCUCAGUCCCGCAUCUUGUCGGCGACCUCUCACAAGCUCUACUUGGUGGUCGACACGAUCUGGUGGUACCCGGCCCCCGAGCAGGCAGACUGGAAGGGGAUGCAGGCUAUCAACGUGAGCGGGAUCGCAGGCUACAACCUCUAUGACGCGGCUCAGCCGAGCAAGAUGGGCCUCUCGUUCGCGUGGGAAGCGGCGCAGCUGCUGCACGACUUCGUGUCCCUGGCGUGGGAUCACGGCAUGAUGGUCGUGCCGACUGUGAUGCCUGGAUACGACGACCGGAGGAGGGGAGGGAGCGGGAGGCCGACGGUGCCGCGGGCUAGAGGGGCGGAGCUGGCGCACCAGUGGAAGCAGCUGCUAUGGUUCUCUGUGUGCCAGCCCAAGAUUCUGAGGGCAGGGGCUGAGAAGAAGGAGAAAUAUCCGUCCCUUGUCCUUGUCAACUCCUUCAACCAGUGGCAUGACGGCACAGAGGUCGAGCCCUCGCAGCACUACGGCGAUCAGUACCUGAAGCUGAUUCGGGCGCUCAAGAGCGAGGUGGUGAAGGAAGAAGUUCCCUGCGGGAAGGAGAAGGAUGCUACCUUCAAGACGCCAACCUACUUCAUCCCCAGCAUGCGGGAGACAGGAGGGAGGACCCCUGGAGACAAGGCGUUCAUACAGGGUCUCCUGGUUGUUGGGACCCUCUUCCUGAGCUGGUCGAUGCUGAUGGCCUGCGGGAAGACCAUCCUCCUCUACACCGGGAAGGCUCCUUCCAAGUUCAAGGACGACGAUCAGUCAGGGGAGGAGCAGCGACACUUCAACGAAGUCGCGGCAGGAUACCUUGGAGAAGGAGGAGGGAGGGGCAGGAGGAGGUACCCGAAGCGCUCUCCCUCGACGCUGUCAUGGGUUGUGGUGGGGGCGAUCUUCGUGUUCAAUUUCUGCUUCAUCUACUAUGUCUUCCACUUCUCUCCCGUCAGCGAGUACUUCGACGCCAGGCACGUCGAGUACCGCAAGGCCAUCCACGACAACCUGAGGGCUGCACGCGAGGUCGCUCAUCGCAUGUGCCCGACCCUCUCCCUCUCCCUCCACCAGAAGAAGUUCGAGAUGUGGGUCCUCAAGCUCGCCAGCAAUCAGAUCUCUCGUGCGGAGUUCCACCAGGAGAUGUGUGGGGACCGUCCCUACCACCGCAGGGAGGUCGAGGCGCUCGUCCUCGAGCUCUGCGGCAGGGAGGCGACGGCGGAAGAGACGUCGAGAUACGAGAAGGAGCUGGAGGAAGGAAAUAAGACGUUGGACGAAAUUCGGCAGGAAAUCUCAGAGACCUCUGAGGCUCAGGAAUUUGCCCAGCUGAAGCAGCAGAAUCACGUGAGGCAGCCAAGGAGCCAACUGAAGUCAUAA